AUGCGGCUGAAAGCCAUCGUGCUCGCCGCUUUGGCCUCAGUCGCCAGUGCGGCCUACUGGAUGGAGGAGAUGCAGCACCAGGGCGUCGCAUCGUUCAACCCCGACAAAUCCUACCAGGUCUUCCGCAAUGUCAAGGCCCAUGGCGCCAAAGGAGAUGGAGUCACCGACGACACCAUCGCCAUCAACAACGCCAUCAGCUCCGGCAACCGUUGCGGCGGCGGCCCCUUCUGCAACGGAACCACCACCACACCGGCUGUCGUCUACUUUCCUGCCGGUACCUACCUCGUCACUACCAACAUCAUCAACUACUACUACACCCAGAUCAUUGGCGAUCCCACUUCCAUGCCGGUCAUCAAGGGCAGCCCCAACUUCCAGUCCUACGGCGGCAUCGGCUUGAUUGACUCCAACCCGUACUUGAACAGUGGUACCCUUCAGUUCAAAGCCACCAAUGUCUUCUUCCGUCAAAUCCGCAACCUUGUCUUUGACACCACGGACGUCCCAGGUACCGUCGCUGGCCUCCAUUGGCCCUCUUCCCAGGCUACCUCGAUCCAGAACUGCAUCUUCAAGCUUUCCUCCCGACCCGAAGAUGAUCAUACCGGUAUCUUCAUGGAGGAAGGAAGCGGCGGCAUGUUGGCGGACCUGGUCUUCUACGGCGGCAAGCAGGGCGCUCAGUUCGGCAACCAGCAGUACACAAUGCGCAACCUCACCUUCUACGGCUCCAAAACAGCCAUCAUGCAGCUGUGGAACUGGGGUUGGACGUACAAGUCCCUGAACAUCUAUGAUUGCGAGGUCGGCAUCAACAUGUCCAGCAACGCCGUUGGCUCUGUCACUCUUCUGGACAGCAGGUUCGUCAACGUCCAGACGGCCAUGACCACCUUUCGUGGGGCCAGCCACGUCAAUUCCACAGGUUCACUUGUGGUCGAAAACGUGGACUAUGUCAACGUUCCAACCGUUCUUCAGGGUCCGGAUGGCCCUUUGCUGAAGGGCAACCCUUCGGGACUGGUUCAUGACGCAGGCUACGCAAGGGGUAACACAUACACCCCGAAUGGCCCACGCGAGUACGAGGACCGCGAUCAGGUCUACUUCCCUCAACCUACCACUCUCAAGCAGAACGGCAAAUUCUACGAGCGGUCCAAGCCCCAGUACGAAUCCUACGCGACCUAUGCCUUCCUCUCCGCUCGAUCCUAUGGUGCCGUUGGCGAUGGAAUUACCGAUGAUACCGCAGCAUUGAACCACCUGUUCCAGACUGCCGCUAACACGCAAGGGGCUGUAGCGUACAUCGACGCAGGAUACUACAAGGUCACCGACACUAUUCACAUCCCAGGCGGUGUUCGAGCUGUGGGUGAAGCCAUGGCAGCGGUUAUCCUCGGUGCGGGUCCCAAGUUCGCAGACAUCAACGCCCCGCAAGCUGUGGUUCAGAUUGGAACUCCGGGAGAGGCUGGCCGCGUGGAACUUAGCGACAUCAUUGUGUCUACCCAGGGAGGAACAGCAGGUGCUGUCCUGAUCCAGUACAACCUCAAUCCUCCAGCUGGCCCAAGUUCUACCGUUGCCGAAAUGCCUCCUUCUGGUCUAUGGGACGUCCACACACGUAUUGGUGGCUUUGCAGGAUCCAACCUACAACUCGCUGACUGUCUCAAGACUCCGGAUGCCGCUGUCCACGCUGAUGCAAAGUGUACUUCAGCAUGGUUGAGCUUUCACGUUACCAAGAAGGCUGGAAAUGUCUACGUGGAGAACAGCUGGUUUUGGGUUGCCGAUCACGACAUUGAGGACUUCAACAAUACCCAGAUCAGCGUCUUUGCUGGACGUGGUGUCUUGGUUGAAGGCAAACGUGUCUGGCUUGUAGGCACUUCCAGCGAACAUCACACACUCUACCAGUACCAGCUGCUCAAUGCAACCGACGUCUUCAUGGGUCAAGCUCAGACCGAGACGCCCUACUACCAGCCCAACCCGCCUGCUCCGUUCCCUUUCACCCGGAUCGACACCACUCUCGGAGACCCUGAUUUCCACACCGACUGUCAAAGCGUCCAGUACGGCGCCAACACGACAAUCAACUCCGAUGGUUCUCUCACUCUGGGCGGUAACCCAGCCUGUGCAAUGGCGUGGGGUCUCCGGAUCCUCGGUUCAAAAAACGUGGUCAUCUUCGGCGCCGGCCUUUACAGCUUCUUCAAUAACUACAACGUCAAUUGCAGCACUCUUCGUUCUGGUGAGAACUGUCAGGCCAGAAUCUUUUGGGCUGGACCCCUCAACCCUGGCUCUGGCUUCAGUACCAGCACCCCUCCCAGGGAUACUGGAGCUGGAAACCCCGGAAAGUUUGUAAUGAGCCACAGGCCGCCCUUCCAUUCGAACAAGACCACCGGGUCUACUGGAGAGACCGCGGACCCGUGGGUGCAGGUUUACAAUCUGAACACGGUCGGUAGUGUCAGCAUGAUCACUAGAGACAGCAAGGAUUUGGCGGGCUGGAACCAGAAUCUGGCGACUUUUGCGAAUACUCUUGCCUUGUUUCACUACUAG